UCCCACCAUGUGCAGUUCGUACCUCAUGUCAGACUCCACUGCUGCAAAUUUGGCCAAAGAGACCUCCACCACCACACAUGACGAGCUAGUGUACGGCUACACGCAUUCACAUCGUUGGGUGACUAUGGAUUACGCUGAUCAGCGGUCGGAGAUGCCCAAACAGCCAUCAAUCUUACCCUCGUGCACAGAUAUACAAGCACAUCCUCUGGAAUGCUGUCAAUCGAUGCCACAAACUAGGUCUUAUUCGUCCGAUAGCUUAGAGCAUUAUUGUAGGGCGCAGUUUGCGUCAUUCAAGCAUAGACAUCCUCUGAAUGGAAUUAAUAAAUGCAUCCCAGAGAGACAUGAUGUACAUCAAGAUACGUGUUUAACCUCCGUCUUGGAAGCCGGUGAUGAGUGUCUCAAAGAGUUAGCUCACAAAAAUGUCAACUUGAAAAAGCAAGACAGUUACAGGCAUGAUGACCUGCAGAUCGGGGGCCUCGUCAGUUCCUCAGUGGAAGCAACACCUCAAGACAUGGACAAAACAUAUGACAACACGUCGAUGGUCACCAUAUCCUCUCCACUAGCGGUGUCUGACGUUCGACAGACAAACAGUCAGCAUUUCUUCCCAAAAUCCUCUUUGAUUCACACGAAAUCUUUGCAUGACAUACGUCUGGAAGGCCAAUUUAAAGAUUUGCUUGGCUUAUCUCGAGCAUACUCCUCCCUUCGUUCGAAUGCACUAGGAGUUCCGAAAUACAAACCCAACAAAAAUGGGAUAAUAAUGCAGAAACGUAGAACCCUGUCAUCGUCUUCGCUAAUACCUCUGGAAUAUCAGUCUCUUUUCGGUGUCUCAGAGUUCCUUCAACAACAACAACGACAACAACCACCACAGCAGCAGCAACAACAACAACAACACGACGCUUGUCAAGCCUUUUUAGCUAGCCUUGCUGUUCUCCGUGUGUCCUUUAAUAGCGAGCUGACUGCGGGUCAAUGUAAAACGUCGAGAAAGUUCAUGAACUCACAAGCGAAAGGAAGGGUAAAUGUUUGCGAAAGAAUUAUUCCCGUCAAGGCCAAAACGAGACCAGGGCGUGUCGAGCUCCAAAGCAUGAGUCUUGCGCGCUUCCCGCACCAGUUCGACGUAGCCAACAGCGGAAUAGGACGUGUCAGCGACCGCAUCGAACACAGCCGGCUUGAAAUGACAAACGCAUGCAUCGGCGUCCCGAUGUCCGAUCCGAAUUAUCAGACUGCCUGUGCUUUGCAUGAGUGUGAUAAGCACGAAACUGUACACAACUCGUUAUCAGAUGUGGUCGAGGCUAGCAAUCAAAGCGAGAACGAGUCGGCACAAAAGCACAAAAAGCAAAUUAUCUCUUCCUCCAGGACAAUUGGUGAGUGCUGUUCAAAGUAUCUCUUGCAGUUAUCUCAAGUACCCAUUGUUUAUUACUGUGACGCACUUGUCAGGAUUGUCACAAUUGCGAAUGUCGGAAACCAGUGA